AUGGCGGACGAAGAGAUCAGCAGCACGGGGCCUUUCAGACAUACCAGCACCGAGCUGGCAUCGAGACUACAGCACCUAUCGCUGUCGGCGCAAACCGUCCAUGCAGAUGACUUCCUCAACUCACAUGCGGCCGUGGCGCCGCCCAUGCACGUCUCAACCACGUUUCGGUACAGCCGGAACCCGGACGACCUCAGUUAUAUGAGCAAUACCAGCCCGAACAAUCCUCAUGAUUCACACAUAUACUCACGAGUGACUGCGCCAAACACACAGCGCUUCGAGGCCAUCUUGACCUCGAUCCUCCGGGGGCCCGCACUGUCAUACAGCUCAGGGCUAUCCGCGUUCCACGCCAUGGUCGUGUUUCUGAACCCGAAGCGCAUCGCCAUCGGGGGCGGCUACCAUGGCUGCCACGGCGUGCUCAAGGUGAUAUCGAAGUUGACGGGCUUGAAGCAGCUAGAGCUAGACUGCGCGGACGAGGAGCUGGGGCCGGGAGACCUGAUCCACGUCGAGACGCCCCUGAACCCGACGGGCGAGGCGCGCGACCUCGAGUUCUACGCCGAAAAGGCGAGACGCACAGGCGCCAUCCUCUCCGUCGACGCCACGUUUGCGCCGCCUCCACUACUGGACCCUUUCGCCUUCGGCGUCGACAUCGUCAUGCACAGCGGGACGAAGUACUUCGGCGGCCACAGCGACAUGUUGUGCGGCGUUCUAGCUAUCGCGCCGCGGCACGCUGAAAAGUGGCUUACGACGUUGCAGACAGAACGUGUUUUCCUAGGAUCGGUGAUGGGGAGUCUGGAGGGGUGGCUCGGUAUCCGCAGUCUCCGCACCCUGGAGCUGCGCGUGCGCAAGCAGAGCGCCGAUACGGAGAACUUGGUCCGUUGGCUGGAAGCCGAGAGACGGCGCGAGGGAAGUGUGGUCCGUGACACGGUCGCGGAGAUCAAGCAUGCGAGCCUGCAGGUAGACAGUGAAGGAAAGGAGCUCGGAUGGUUGAAGAAACAGAUGCCGAAUGGCUUUGGUCCCGUUUUUGCGGUAUACAUGAAAGAUGCGGACUAUGCGAGAAAACUGCCUAGCAAGCUGAAUCUCUUCCACCAUGCUACGAGUCUGGGCGGUGUGGAGAGUCUGAUCGAGUGGCGCUCCAUGACGGAUGAGGGCGUCGACAAGCGUUUGUUGAGGUUGAGUAUAGGUGUUGAGGGCUGGGAAGAUCUGCGAGAUGAUCUGGUUCAGGGGUUCGAGGCGUUAGCGAAGGAGCACACCACUGCGUGA